AUGUCCGAUAUCAAGGAUCUAUUGAAACCCAGACAUAAGUACUUCAAGAGACCUAUUAUUCCUGUAUUACAAUCCGUUCCACCUGAGAUUGUGAUGCAAAUCCCUGAAGAGAAAAUUAUGUCAGCCAAAGAAAGAAUUGAAGAGCCAAAAGCCAAAACUGUUGAAAUACAAACUGUUUACAGAGAGUCCGAGGCUCAAACCGACCCAUUCACUCCAGAAUAUGUCAUUGAAAAGGAAAAUGCACCAGAAGUCUUAACUAUUGCCCAUCUUAAGUACGGCAAAGGACUCCCAGCUAGUAUGGCCGAAAUGGAAUUAAUUGAGUAGAUGAGAGAAAAGAGAGCAUUUGAUAAUGCACUUCCACCUACCUCAGAUGAAGCUUGUUUUACAUUAAGAAGAAAAUUGAUGGAAGAAUAAGAAUUCAGAGAGUGGAACAAGAGAGAGGAGGAUAUAAAGAGAAUCCAAAAUGAAAGACUUAAUCUUCUACAAAGUGCUUUGGUUGAAAGAGAAAAAGAAACUGAGGAAAAGCAUGCUUAAAGAACAGAAGAAAUUAGACUCAAGAAAACCGAGAACAAAGAAAGAGCGUUAGCUAAAAUUCAAAGAAAGAGAAUUAAGGUUCUCAGAAAAAUGUAUAAAGCUAGAAAGAAUGUUGAGAUAAAGGGAAAAAAGAGAGAUAUUAUUGAAGAUUAUGCUAACUUUGGCUCCACUGUAUAUGCUCCAAUUACUAGAGAUGGUCUAUCACUCGAUAAAAAAGCUAAUAAGUAUGAAGUUCAACCAGAGGCAUUAUCAACUUACCAGGGGCUUCAAGAACUCAACAGGACAUUGCCAAAUAGAGUUUUUGAGAAUAGAGUUAGUGUUGACAAGGUUAAAUUUUAAUUCAAAAAGAACCUGACAAGAAAGGAGAUUGCUCACAUGGCAGCUCUUAAGAAGGCUCAGGCUACUAUCGAUGUUGCAAUUGAACAGUAGGAAGUAAAAGACUAGAAAGAUGAUAAAGAUAGUAUUCUUAAGAAUGUUAAAGUGAGACCACCAACACCAAAGUAUACUGAAUUUACAAGAGUUGAUAACAAAGAACAGCAUGAGCUGAAUGAUAGAAAAUAAAGAGCAAUUAUUUUGUUACAAAGACUUCUUAGAGGUAGAGCUAAGUAAAACAUGAUGUUCGAGGGCAAAGAAAAGAGACUUGAUCUGAUUGCUGAACUUAGAGCAACUGAAGAAUGGAAGGCAGCUUCUGACCUAGAAGAGGAAAAAGUUCUAAUAGAAAACUAUCAAGAAAGAGUUUUAGACGGUGCUGCUGAAGCUUUACAAGCAGAUAUUAUCUCUAAGACUUUAGAUCAUCUUUCUAAGGAACUUGUAAGAUUCAAGCAAGAAAGAAGAAUUGCUUCAAUGGUGAGACUAGCAGAAGAUGUCAGAAGAAGAAGAGAAGCUGAAGAAAGUGGUAGAAGAUAGGCUGAGUAGAUUCUCAGAUAGAGAGAAGAUGUCCUCUACAAGGAAUUAAUGUCGGUCCAUCAAGGAUCAGUUGAUUCAUAUCUUCAAAACAUCAUAACCAAUACUAUCGAUAACACUUCUUCUCUGUAAGCAUAUGAAGAAGCUAAAUUGAAGGUUCAAACCCUUAAUAAUUUCAUUGAUAAAGUUGAAGAAAGAAGAAAUAAACCGGAAGUCCUUAUCAAGGAUCUCGUUUCAUCUUUCCUAAUUCCAGAUGUGCAAAGAAAGAAGCUCUAACGUCAAUUGUAAUUUGAAGAAAAGAAAUUCCUUGAAGCUGCUAGAAAAACCAUUCAAAGUUCAGUAGCCAAUGCAGGUCAGAAACUUGAAAGUGAAAAUGUAUUAACAUAUGAUCCCAGACAUGCUAAUUGA